AUGGCUUCCAUGAGCAAGAGAACACAGGCGCGCAACGAGCGGGAGCUGCACGAGCUCCUCCGUCUGCCGGGAAAUUCACAAUGCGCCGACUGCGGUGCGAAGAACCCUGCGUGGGCCAGCUGGAAUUUGGGCAUCUUUCUCUGCAUGCGAUGUGCCUCGUUGCAUCGCAAACUGGGUACACAUAUCUCCAAAGUCAAAUCUCUGAGCAUGGAUACAUGGACUGCAGAGCAGGUCGAGAACAUGAAACGCAAUGGAAACAAUGCAGUGAACAAGCUCUACAACCCUAAGAAUAAGAAACCAGACAUGCCGCUGGAUGCUGAUGAAGUGGACUCGGCCAUGGAGCGAUUCAUACGCAAGAAAUAUCAAGAGAAGAGCCUUUCCGAUGGCAAACCCGAACCUCCACGACGCGAUGAAUCUUCACCCGCAACUUAUUCAAGAACUCAAGAACGAGAACGAGAACGCGAAGAAGAGCCGGCUCCGCCGCCGUUGCCCCCUAAGAAGGGCAGGUUUUUCGGAUUCGGACUCCGUGCGUCAGCGUCUGCUUACUCUUUGUCAAAACACGACAAGAAAAGGGCAGCCAAAGAACCUCGGGUGGACGGCGCGUUUCGCAUAUCGGCCGAUGACUACGACUCAAUGUCAAGGAUGGCAGAUGCACGCUUUGAGAUGAGCGAUGCCGAGUUGCAGAAGAAGCUCAAUGCUCUACGAGACAUGGGUUUCACAGACACCGAACGCAACACAAACUUGCUGCGGCGUUCGGGAGGAAACGUUGAGAAGACAAUUGAACGAUUGAUACGAGAGGGACCCAGUGAAACUAGAAGCACUGCGACCAGCCUGAGGCCGAAUCGGGACGUCAGCUCUACCUCAUAUCGAGAUCAACCUACCACCGCUUUCCCACCUGCACCAGAAUCUAAACCCUCAGAGCCCUCCCACAAUCCAUUUACCCAGAUGACCAAUCAACAGAUUGUUGGGCUAUCCAUGGCUAAACCUCAAGAGCCUGUCAACCCUCCUACACAACAAUCAUACCAGAGCAAUAACCCUUUCGGUACAGCAACACGAAGUCAGACUGAACAAACCGGCCUUGAACAGUCCUUUCAAUCGCUGCAACUUUCACACCCCUUGUUCCCUCACAGUACAGGAGGCUAUCCAAGCCAGCCUCCUCCUCUACAGGAUCCGCGGCUGCAAUAUUCCAUGACACCUCCUGUGCCAUCGAUGCCUUUCCAACAGGGAUAUGUUGCCUCCCCAGCCGCAAUAUCCAUGACUACCAAUCCCUUUUUCGAGAAUCCUGCUGCGUCUGCUCAACCCACUGGGAAUAAUCCCUUUCUGGGUCAAGCCGCUCAUGCUCCUGCUUCUGUUCCUCCAUCUUCCGCUUCAAAUCCAUUCUUUUCAUAUCAGCACAUGCAGACAGGCCAAUCGAUCCCAACCCAACAGCGUCAGAGCUCACUACCAGCCACGCUUAACCCAUUUGGAUUACCACCGCCACCACAAGCCUCAUCUCAACCGACACAACAAUCAGCAGCCCAGCAGUACCAGUCACAGCAACCUCCUGGUAGUUCUCCAAAUCCAUUUUUCGAAAGUCAACAGACCAACAAUCCUUUUCAAUCACAACAAGUACAACCGCAACAGCAAGCGCAACAAUUGCCCCAGACCGAUCCCUUCCAAUCCGGAAUGUCGGCGUCAGGAUUUCCCGGUUAUCAGUAUGCUCAAUCGCAGCCGCAGCAGCAGCAGCAACCACAGCAACAACCUCAGAUGCCACAAUUCCAGCAGCAGCAGCAGCAGGCCCAGUAUCAGCAGCAAUAUAACCAACAACCACAACCGCUCAUGCCCCAACAGACAGGCCGCUAUGACAAGAACACGAUCCUGGCUCUUUACAACUACCCUCAACUAGCACCGAAACCGUUGGCUUCGAUUCCAGAACCCGAUUCUGAAAACUCGCACCAGCAACAACAACUGCAACCGCAACAACAAUUUUCAUCUGCACACGGUAAUAACAAUCAAGCAACCGCCCCAACCUCACCACCCCAGCGCAGCGCUACCAUGCCAGCCGCCAUUUCGAACAUGCAUUCGGCAGGAGGCAGCGGGAGUCGCAAUCCGUUCUUGGCGAACUCAACCAGCAUGCACAGCAACGGGGUUUUUAAUGCUAGUGCAAACACCAAUUUCAAUAGCCCAGGCGGUGGUGCUGAUGCAGGUGCUGGUGCUGGUGGAUUCAAUCCCACCUCACCGCAAGCCAGAUCCCAACAGCAACAAAGUGGCGGAACGGUGCCCGGCUACCACGCGAGUCGAGAAAGCAUGAACAUCAGUAAUUUGGACAGUGGCCGACACAGCCCUGAUGCAUUUGCAAGUCUAAGCGCUCGAUCCAUGAGAUGA